CGGAUACACGCACGGUUUGUUGUGGUUUUGUGUUGCAGAGAAACCUGUGAGUUUAGCGACAAAAACGUGUUGUUUUGACCGUUUUAACGUAUUAUAAUCCACCCGAAAUGAGUCUGUCUUUAAGGACUGAUGUUGCUGCGGACAAAACAAAACGCAAGAAGAGGAGAGAGCUGAGCGAGGAUCAGAAGCAUGAAAUCAAAGAAGCGUUCGAGCUGUUCGACACCGACAAAGACAAAGAAAUCGACUAUCACGAGCUCAAGGUGGCGAUGCGUGCGCUCGGUUUUGAGCUGAAGAAAGUCGACGUUUUGAAGAUCCUUAAAGAUUAUGACAGAGACGGGAACGGGAAGAUCACUCUGGAGGAUUUCAGUGAAGUCGUGACAGACCGGAUCCUGGAGCGAGACCCGAAAGAGGAGGUCCUGAAGGCCUUCAAGCUGUUCGAUGAUGACGAGUCGGGGAAGAUCAGCCUGAGGAACCUGAGGCGAGUCGCUCGAGAACUCGGGGAGAACAUCAGCGACGAUGAGCUGCGAGGCAUGAUCGACGAGUUCGACGGGGACGGAGACGGAGAGAUAAAUCAGGAGGAGUUCCUCUCCAUCAUGACCGGAGACUCCUGAGGAGAUUCAAAGAAGCUGAGGACGUCUGCAGCUGAUUGGUCGUCUUCAGACUGACUGAAAAGUGUGUGUGGAGGAACAUGAGUGUGUGGAGGAACAUGAGUGUGUGGAGGAACAUGAGUGUGUGGAGGAACAUGAGUGUGUGGAGGAACAUGAGUGUGUGGAGGAACAUGAGUGUGUGGAGGAACACAGAUAUGGACUGAAACGACUCUUUGGCCUUUUGAGUUACACUUCAUUCAUUACUUUAAAGCGUGUCUGGAGUGGUCUGUUGACAUCAUGCUGCUCUUUAUUUCAGAUUUACUCCAAGUGUUGUUGACUGUUACACGAUUAUAUCUUCAUAAAAACUUCAGCAAACCUUAAAGAAUUCAGACUGAGAGACGUGCGGUGUUAGUUUAGUUGAUUUACUUGUGAUGAUUUGUGUAGGAGAAACGUAUUGUUGAGUCUUUUAAGUUUCACACAUUUCAUUCUGGAGGUUUUUUCACUGCUUGUUUUUGAAGUUUUCAUAAAGUGAAUGUUUGAAUGUGUUAUUUAUUUAGUAUGAAAAUAAAUCGUUUUGCCAAGAA